AUGGCAGUGCUACACAUUGAGGAAAAUGAAUUAAAGCAACCAAUUGGUGAAAAAUUUUCUCCACUUCAAUCUCGUUUAGGCAUGCUAGCUCGAAAUGGGACCAUGGCACCCAUAAAUUGGCACAAGUGGAGUGUUGUUUCCAAAGAGUGUAAAGAAAUAAUAUGGGAUGAAAUAAAGGAAAAUAAAAAGAAUAAUGGGAAGAAAAUGAGUCGUAUUCAAUUUUUUAAGGUUGUACAUUCAAAGAAAUAUGGUCGACCAGUUACUGAUGUUGUUGCACAAGCCUUGUCUUUUAUGCAAUCUUCAUUUGCAGUAGAAGAAGUUUUCACUCAAGUCAUGAGACCGGAGCAACCUGGAUGUGUUAGAAUAUAUGAUUUUGGACCAUCUCUGAGAGAUGUGUUUGGACAUAAAAAUUCAGAAUAG